CUGAUGAGUAUUUAAUUAAAAAAUCAGCAUAAAUAGCUGAUCUCCUUUUAUUUCUUAACAAAAAUAAAAUACUCUUAAGAGCCUGAUCUGACGUAACUGUACCUUUUUCCAGUGGAGCCUCCAGAGAAGAAAUGGAUGCCAUUGUGGACUCAAUUGAGAAGGCAUAUCAGGAAUUUGUAACAGCAGCAGCAAUUGUACUAGAGACAAGAGAGACUUAUGGUGACCAAAAAACAACAGAUGUUGAUUCAGCAAUUAAAAAACUCCAUGAACGUUUGGUAUUGUUCGAAGCUUCUUGUGAUGAAGCACAAGGGUUUGUUGAAUAUUUGAAGCAUAGUUUAGGAUGUAACAAAUUUCCGGGCAAUCUGUCUAAUUCUCAAGAACAGGUGUUUGACGAUGAUCAUAGUGAUUCGCUUAUACAGUGUAAUCCUAUUCCAAUCAAGGCUGCUGAUGAAAAACUGAAGACGGAUGCUAGUACAUCAAAGCCUUAGAAGGUCGUUGGAUUCCAGACAAGCCGUUGCAAAGCGCCAUCGGCCUGUCAUCCCAAAGGACCAGACAGAAAGGACUAUAGGCAUAACAUGAUCCAUUUUAGGGUGAUUCCCUUAGAGCAAACUGGUUUUAGUUAAUUGAAACAAUUGUCAUCGCUGGUUGUUUUUGAGGUUUGAAAGUCUAUGAUGUAGUUGAACUGACCAUUUGACUAAGAUAGUUUAUAAUUCAGGGUUUUAUUUUAGCAACAGGUUUAUGACAUUGACUGUGCUUUGAUAUUUAACUGCAAAUAUAUUUUUAAAAUUA